UCGUUCAUUUCAUCCAGCUUUGAAUUUCAAACAACUCCGCGAUCACUUCUGUAUUCCUUACAACAUCACUCUUGAUAUCAUUUACUACCACAAUGGUUUCAUCAUCACCGUCAGGGCCAGGAUUAGCUCCAUCUGCUCCACAUCCUCAAGCAGCCUACCAUUCACAAUCCUAUCGCGGCCAUGCUUUUCAUCACCAAAGCCAAGAACCAUUACCACCAUCACACAAUCACCAUCCACAACAACAACGGCAAGAUUAUCCAUAUGCUCCCCCACAAUCACAGCCCAACCAUCUAGUCAACCCCACAUUGUCUCGUCAUCAUCAACAACUCCCUCCAGCCUUUGCUGGGACAGAAAGAUCCCCCCUUAUGAUGAAACAAAAGCCUCAACAGCCAUCCUCAAAGCAGUUGUCUCAACACCCUCACAAUCAUCCUCGCCAGCCACCUCCCUAUCCUUCCUCUUCUCAACGACAUCCAGCCUUCCAUCCAUCUCAUAAACAACAGCAACACUCACCAGAAGAUCGCGAUCCAACGCAUGUUCCUCAUCCACGAUCCUAUCCAGAUCUGCAACAUCAACCUCAGGGCCCAAUACAUCAAAACCAUGCCUCUUCUUCUUCCGUCCCUUCUUCUCCGUCCGUUGGUCCUCACCACCGUAGCAACCAUAUUGCUUCUCACUCCCGUACUCCCUCCCAUAGCCGCGAACACAGUCAAAAUCAUGUCCCUGUCUACAACUUUGAUCCUCACCAUCUCCGCCAUCAUCACCAACAACAACAACAACAACAACAACAACAACAACAGCAACAGCAACAGCAACAACAACAGCAACAGCAGCAACAGCAGCAACAACAACAACAACAACAACAACAAAAACAGCAACAACAGCAACAACAGCAAAAGCAAAAGCCUUCGCGACAUAGCCCGGGCUACGGAAUGGUGGCACCAUCACAACGCGUAGUAGGCGAGUCCACAUUUGAUCAUCCACCCCCUCCACCCCCUGCUUCUCACACCCCUACGUUUUCCCAACCUCAGUCCCGCUCCCGCUCCAAUUCACACUCACACUCACGCUCUUCUAGUGCACAUUAUACUAUGGUCUCUGCUCCAACUUCAACCCCAGCUCCGAGUGCUAUCAAUACCACGGGUAUCCCUACAAAGCCUGUCGUAUCCGCGCCGAAUUCCUUUGCUGUUCAUUAUCCAGAAUCACCCGUUGGAGGUGUAACGCGUUCGACCUUUUCAGCGCCUCCACCUCCACCUCCAUCACAUCAUCAGCAUCAUCAUGCUCACACUCUCUCUCAAUCCAAAAUCCAGUUACAAGCUCAGCCUCAGCCUCAGCCUCAGCCUCAGCCUCAGCCUCAGCCUCAGCCUCAGCCUCAGUCGCAGUCGCAGUCGCAGUCUCAGCCGCAUCCGCAUUCUCACGCUCAACUACAACCUCAACCUCAACCUCAACCUCAACACCAUCGACAGCAACAAGACUUGAUCAAGGGCAAUAAUGGAAAUAGCAACAACGGUGGCAUAGGCCCAACCCGUUCACAUCCCCAUGGAGGCUCACAUCAUUCUGCAAUACAUCAGCAUCCAUACCAUCAUCCAACUCACUCCCGUACCCCUUCACAACAUCAAUAUCAACAAAACCAUGGUCAUUCUCCUUUACAGUCCCCUCAGGGCAACCCUCCCCAUGCUAGUCAACAGCAGCAGCAGCAACAGCAGCAACAGCAUCGACACCAGACUCCCAAUAGGAUGUACCCUUCUUCAUCCUCUCAUGAACACGAGCGAGGAUCGAUUGAAAACCACGCAUCCGCUCAUCGCCCUGUCAGUAUGCAAAUGCAUCCCGAGCAGCAACAGCAGCAUCGCGACGGCACAACAAGUGAUCCAUCGUAUAUUCGUCCCAACAGUCCCAAUGAUUCUUCCAUGAACACUCGUAAAGUUGUGACGACAAAGACGACGGCGGCAGGAAGGCCGGGAUCAUCAGCAUCGAGCUCUGGCCGUCGUACGCCUGUAUCGAUCCGUUCUCGGGACAGUGCGACCAUGGCUGCUGCAACUGCUAUGACCAUGACCAUGACCAUGAACAUGAACAUGAACAUGAACAUGAAUAUGAACAUGAGCAUGGGUAAGGAUAUGGAUAUGGUUAUGGCUAUGGCUAUGGCUAUGCCUACGGAUGAGAAUGAGGAUGAGGACGAGAAUGAGAAUGAGACUAUGAAUAUGAAUAUAAGUGUAAAUGAUGAAAAAGUCAAGACGCAAUCGAAUGAUGGCAACAAUAGUGAUAAUGUGUCAAUGAACAAAAAGCAGCAGCGAGCGGCUUUAGAGUCAUCAGGAUCUGGAUCAAGAUCUGGAUCAGUACCCAUUGUACAGGAAGUUACAAUGGCAACCAAAAAACCAACGACCGCCAACGUGAAUGUCAACAGUAUCAAUGGUGGUGGUCGUGGUGAGAGUGCCGAGAGAGGUGAUAUUCAGACUGUGCAAGAGCAAGAUCAAUCCUCAUCUGAGAUCCACAAGUGUCUAGACUGUGGGAAGGUGUAUAAGCAUCCAAAUUGCUUAUGGAAGCAUCGGUGGUUGCAUUCUACUUAUUGGAAGAGUGCCACCAAAUUCCUACUUUCAAAACAUCAACAGGUUCAAUUGAUGGAGGCUGCAGCGAUUCUGUUGGGGAUGGAUGAAUCUCGUGAGUGUGAUAAGGACCCGAUUGUGAGUAUGUUUACAAAACAACGAGGGGCGCUUGCAAACUCGGUUGGAUCUUCAGCUUCGAAUUCAAUCUCUUCAUCAUCUCCUCCAACGUCCAUAAAGUCCUUGUCAACCUCACCUGAACCCGAACCUGAGCUAGAGCUAGAGCUAGGGCUAGGGCUAGAACUAGAGCAUGAGCAUAGGCAAGAGCUAAAGGCAGGAACAAGCGAACUAUUAAGCCAUCAACACCAUCGUCAUCAUUCAAUUAGCCAUGAAAGUGGUGGUCGUCGUUCUCCUGUUAUCAAAGUCGAGAAUAUCUUGUCAACUUCUAGAUCUGCAGCAAAGACAACAGGCUCUUCCUCACCCACCUCAAGGUCACCCUCGUCAGGAUCUCCAUCGAACCCCAAAUCAACAUCAUCAUCUGCUUUAUCGACACCACCAACGUUAGCACCCGAUGAUGAUGUGGAUAUGGAUGAGGACAUGAUCGCAGUUUCUCCACCUUCACAUCGAGGUUCGAUUGCAAUGGUUGUUCCUGCAGUCGUCCGUGUGAUGACCGACAAUAGAGGAACGGCAAUGACGAUGUCGACAGCAGCAACGACGAUAGCGACCGCUGCUACUGCUGUUUCGACUACGGCUACGACUACUGGUUCUACCACUGGUUUCGGUCAAGAAACCCAUCCCAAUGAAAAUAUAAUGGAGAUGGAUGUUCUGAUGGAGAUGGAUCAAAAGACUUUCCUUUCUAAACAACUUCAACACCAACAAAAGCAGCCGCAGCAGCAGCAGCAGCAGCGGCGGCAACAACAACAGCAUCCUCUUUCGCAACGUCAAUAUUAUUAAAGAGGGGGAGUUUAUUUAUUUUAUUUUAUUUUAUUUUUAAUAUUAUUAUUCUUAUACAUAUAUAGUGCAUUUUCUCUCUCUUUCUCUUUCU